UGUUUGUUUCGUCUUCCACGCUUCUUAUAGGCUUAUAUGUGAGUGAUGGGGGAUUACAGCCAUCCGUUUGCUCAAAGCUCACUCCCCUCCCAUGGCCGCCAUCAUUUCUGCCGCCUCUUUCGUCCUAGCCUCUGCCUCUUCCCCUUCUUCUUCGGAAGAGAAUGCUUCCAAAUCCGUCAAGCUACGGGAUGAUUGGAGGAAUCGUUCGAAGCCGAUUCGCCCUGGUGGGGUUUAUCCUGCCAAGGAGCACUGCAGCCGCUGUGGGCUUUGUGAUACCUAUUACAUAGCACACGUCAGGGACGCGUGCGCUUUCUUAGGAGCCGGCAUGUCGAGGAUUGAGGCUUUAGAACCUGCAGUGCAUGGAAGAGGACGGGGAAGUAGCUCAGAUGAAAUGUACUUCGGUGUACACGAGGAGUUGCUAUAUGCUAGAAAAAUAAAGCCCGUUGAAGGAGCUCAAUGGACGGGUAUUGUGACAACCAUUGCAGUAGAAAUGCUAAAAGCAAAUUUGGUUGAAGCGGUUGUUUGUGUACAAAGUGACCCUGAGGAUAGGCUUAGCCCAAGGCCUAUUUUAGCCAGGACACCUGAUGAAGUUUUUGCUGCAAAAGGUGUUAAGCCAACCCUAUCUCCCAACCUGGAUACCCUUGCCGUCAUUGAGGUGAUAAUUUCUCUUUGAGUUAAUACCUUUUGUUUUUUAUGUUCUUCUAAAGCAUCUUUUCUAGUGUUUUG